UUUUUACUUGGAGCGUUUAAUCAUUUAGGAAUUGGGAUUGAUAUUGACAAAAAAAAGGCCUUUGAAUUGUAUCAAAAAUCAGCGAAUUUAGAAAACGCAACUGCAAUAAAUAAUUUAGGAUAUUGUUAUUAUAGCGGAAUUGGUACUAGCAUUGAUUAUCAAAAGGCAUUUGAAUUAUGUCAGAAGGCGGCAAAUUUAGGAAGUAUGUCUGGAAUAAAUAAUUUAGGACAUUGUUAUUAUAACGGAAUUGGUACUAGCAUUGAUUAUCAAAAGGUAUUUGAAUUGUAUCAGAAGGCGGAAAAUUUAGGAAGUAUAUCUGGAAUAAAUAAUUUAGGACAUUGUUAUUAUAACGGAAUUGGCACUAGUAUUGAUUAUCAAAAGGCAUUUGGAUCAUAUCAAAGAGCUGCAAAUUUAGGAAAUGCAUUUGGAUUAAAUUGUUUAGGAAAAUGUUAUGAAAAGGGAAUCGGAACUGAUAUUGACAAAAAAAAGGCCUUUGAAUUGUAUCAAGAAUCAGCAAAUUUAGGAAACGCAGCUGGAAUAAGUAGUUUAGGAAAAUGUUAUGAAAAGGGGAUUGAAACUAACAUUAAUUAUCAAAAGGCAUUUGAAUUGUAUCAAAAAUCAGCAAAUUUAGGAAAUAAAUAUGGAUUGAAUAAUUUAGGAAUAUGUUAUGCAAAGGGAAUUGGAACUAGCAUUGACAAUAAUAAGGCAUUUGAAUUGUAUCAGAAGGCUGCAAAUUUAGGAAAUGCAUCUGGAUUAAAUAAUUUAGGAGAUUGUUAUGAAAAAGGAAUUGGAACUAACAUUGAUUAUCGAAAAGCAUUUGAAUUAUAUCAAAAGGCUGCAAAUUUAGAAAGUCCAUAUGGAUUAAAUAAUUUAGGAUAUUGUUAUAUUAACGGAAUUGGAACUAACAUUAAUUAUCAAAAAGCAUUUGAAUUAUAUCAAAAGGCUGCGAAUUUAGGAUUUAGUGAUGCUCAAUGUAAUGUUGCUUUUAUGUAUAAAAAUGGAAAAGGAAUCUUUAAAAACAUAGAACUGGCAAUUUAUUGGUAUAAAAAAUCUGCUGAACAAGGAGAUCAAGAUGCUCAGAAUCAAUUA